UCCCACAUGCACGAUAGAUAAUAAUCACACCAUUUGAUGUUAAGUGAGAAAAACGCCAGGCUAUUUAUUGCUAAGGCUGGUCCUUUCAAUUCCUUUUAGGAAGAGUGGCGUAAUGCUACUGUACAACGUUUGGUUUACUGACAGUAGCUAACAAUAGUAACGUUCUCGAAGGGGAAAUAUCGACAGUGGCAGAGAUCAGAAGUGGUUUAACUGAAGUGCAAUGUCUCGGGUCACAUGUCACCCGCACAUUAACGCCACAGCAGACGGAAGAAUAGUCCCCGAAAGAAAACUCAAAAGCGGCGUAACAUUAAGCGAACCGGGUUGGCUAGCUAGCUAACAAAGUAGCUGUGCUGGAGUCAGCGCGGCUAACAUUAGCUAGCUGAGUUGGCUUUACGCGGACCUUCCAUUACUUCACCAAAGGACCGUGGACACUUAAUUGGAAGAAUGAGUUUAUCGCGUCUCUGUCGGUGAAAUCUGAAAAAGUACCGGUGCUCAAGGCAUUCAGGCAGGCCAGCCGGGCCAAUGGACAGGGGAUGUAGAGGGGCUACUGCCCCCUCUGGCACCGCAAUUCAAGUCUUCUUUCCGGAUGUCCAAGGUGCGCUGCUCGAGAAGUUGAACCAGCAGCGCGAGGACGGCAUGCUCUGUGACCUCUCCAUCCACGUGCAAGGACAGGUGUUCAAGGCUCACAGAUGCGUCCUCGCGGCGUCUUCGCCUUACUUUCAUGACCAGGUCCUCCUGAAGAACGUGACAGCCGUGUCUCUGCCAUCUGUCAUGGACCCCCUGGCUUUCCAGAGCGUGCUCAGCUCGGCCUACACGGGUCAGCUCAGCAUCGUCCGCGAGGACAUUGUCAACUACGUCACCGUGGCUAGCUUCCUCCAGAUGUGGCACAUCGUGGACAAGUGCACCGAGGUGCUGAAACAAGUGCGCCCCCUAGUGGAACCAGUGGAGAUCACCCCACCACAUGCAGGAGGAGGAGGAGGAGGAGGAGGAGGUGGGGGCUCGUCCAGACACCAGUCCCCCAGCAGCUCUGACUGCUACUAUGUGGACCCGGAGGACAGGGGGGGUAGGGAGCGGGUUGGCACUGCCCAGGACUGCAUCUCUUCCCUGGAGAGAGGAGUCUGCAGCGGCAGCAGCAGCGGUGGCGGUGGUAGGGGGGGCAUGAUGGAGCAGAGGAGGGAGCCACUGCCUCCACUGGCAACCUGGAGAAGGCCUCAGCUGGCCAGCAGGUGGCAGCCUCGCGCAUCCCCACAAUCGGAGCCCUUCAGCCAGGCUCCGCAGCAUCCGCUGAGCUCUGGGCCCGUUUUCAGCCCCGGCGGGGGGAACAACGCGGAGGACCCCAGCGACGGGGUGACUAUCAUAGGUGUCACAGGACCUACGCACCUGCCUGGUGGCAGCCCUGCCGCCGCCACUCUGGGUCACCUGGGCGGGAGGGGAGCGGAGAUGGUAGUGGGUCCUGCUCGACUGGAAGGGCUGGCUGACCCCUCACACCUGAGAAUGGGCAUGAAGGCGAGGGUGAAGGGGGGCAUGGUGAGGGAUCGCAGGAGACGCCCGAGCUGGGACAGGGAGGGGAGAGGAGAGGACGAGGGCGUGCAGGAGAGCAUGUGUGGGGAGAGAGGGAUGGAGGCAGAUGAAGGAGUGGGUGAAGGUCUGGAGGAGGAGGCGGCUGUGAUGAGAGCCCAAAAAGCACUGCGAUCUGGAGACCACACACCAAGCACAAUGGCCCCUGAAGGACAAGCCGAGGCCUUCGACAAAGACAACGGUGGUGGCGAGGCAUCAAGGACUAGCAGCAUGGGCCUGCCCGACGCUGUGGAUGGCCGGGAUCCUCCUCUCCCCUGUGGGCCUGUGGUGGGCGUGGGCGCGGUACCCCCGGUUCCAGACCACUGGAGUCAGUCCGGCCCUUGGCUCCACCAGAGGGACUACAGGGGUAGAGAGGUGGGGGAUGGAGGGGAGGUGGAGGAGGUGGACGAUGACAUGAACUUUGGGGAGCAUCUGGGAGGAGAUGGUGGUGGCGGCGGCGGCGUGUUUGGCGGAGAGACGUACGACGAGAUUGAGGACGGUACUGGACAAGUCUCUCAGCGUCCAUUGCUGCCGGUAUCUCCAGACGACGGGCAGUACAUCACAUCCGGCCAGUCGGACCUCACCUGGGUUCCUGGUGGUGGUGGCGGCGGAAGCAACCACUCCCCGUCCUCCACCCCUUUCCACCCCUCCUCCGUUGCCUCUGCCUCGCCCCCCAUCCCCUCCUCCUCCUCCCCCCAGCACGCACAGCAGCAGCAGCACCCGUACACGGGCCGACUGCACUUCUGCCACUGCGGUAAGGCCUACACGCUCAAGAGCAUGCGCGACCGCCACGUGAAGAUGCAGCAUCUGAACCUGCGGCCCUUCUCCUGCCCCGUCUGCUCCAAAUCCUUCAAGAUGAAGCACCACCUCACCAAGCACCUCAAGACGCACGGCAGCGUGCGGCCCUACGAGUGCGGCUUGUGCGGCAAGAAGGUGGUGUGGCGGGACAGCUUCCUGCGGCACCAGGCGCGCUGCGAGCGAAUGUCCCGGGCCGGAAUGCCCGCCGCCUCGACCGGCGACGACGGAGGCGGAGGUGGUGGUUCGGCAGACGCUACAGGAGAUGACUGCUACAUUCCACAAGAUGGCGACAGCUUCCUGUCGGACGGUAGUCAUGUGAAAGUGGAGAAAAUAGACUUCAACGGAGACGAGGAGGUGCCUGGGAUGGACGGACUGGACAACAUGGGGUUUCUGUCAGGGGGGGAGAGUGAGCUGACCAGCCCAGGAAAGACACUGGACGGACAUGUUUUAAAGCAGGAGGAAGCCGAGAGGUUUAGUUGACUUUUUUUUAGAAAACAGCUUUACCCAUUUGCCAUAAGCACAAGAUGAUUUUCGUAAAAAAAGAAGUUUAUAAUGCCACCCAGCAAAAUGGAUUUACAUGAGAAUUUGUAGGUUUUUAUGAAUCUUGGCAUCUGGCAUGAGACCAUCAUGAGAGUUCUAUUAUGAAGGAACAAAGGAAUGUAAACACACAUCUUUACUAGAGAUGUGUCAAAAUAUAUGUUAAAAUAUCAGCAUAGGUUCAUAUUUGUGGAAUUAUGAAUAAUUCCCCUGUUUUUUUUCAAGGCACUCUUCACUGAUUGAAGUAAAAUCACAUAUUCACUUCAAGAUUGUUAUCGCCAGGUAAUUUAUUCUAUUGUCAGUCACACAAUUUUUGAGCUUUGGAUAAUAAUGCCAUAAUGCUGACCACAAGUGGGGAACAUGCAGAGUCUCCAGAAGCCUUUCUGUUGAACAGUUGAUGUGGUGUUCUCAUCUUCUGGUGAGGUAUGUGUUUGUUAUGGUUAUUCAUAAUGUCUCUCUGUAUACAUGGGUUCUACAUUUUUGUUUUGACCUGACUGCGCGAAACUAGCUGCGCACAACUCCACCUCUGAUUGUUGGAAACAGCUGUCGGUUAAAAAAAAUUGGCUCACGUGGUUGGCUGCCAGUGUCUUGCCCCUCCUCACAGCAUCGUGUUUACAAACACGGCGAACCCAUGUACUUUAUGUUGCCUAUCUUGAUGACUGCUGUCUGCACCAAAAGUGUAUAAAGUAGAAUUGCUGUUAUGGAUAUUAUAUCCAUAGCGUUGGAGACAUCAUGCUACUAGUGUUAUAAAUGACACGUAACAAUACUUGAAGAGUUCAGAUGCAAAACCAAUAAUCUUUGCAAAAAAUAAUCAUUUUUAUUUAAUAUAAAGCUAUCAAAAUUGCAUAUUAUUUUAUUUUAUGUAUGUAACAUAACUAUUUAUAUGUAUUAUCAAGGACAUAAAUGUAAACCAAACCAACAACGGCGUUCUCUAAAAAUAUAGAAGUGCAGGUCUUCAGAAAUGGAGUUAGGGGGUUUUGCAUCUGAACUCUUCACUUCUACUUCAUAGAAUUCUGGACCCCGUUUCUCGAAAGCAUCAUUGCUAACCAGGAAGCAACUUACUAGGUUUCCAAUGGGAAAUUACAUUGCAACCAAGUAAGUUGCUAACUUGGUUAGCAACGAUGUUGUCAAGAAAUGCACCCCUGAUCAACAUGAAUGUACAUAGCCCGUUCAUCUAAGCACUUGUCUGGACAUCAAAUGUUUUGAAUUUUAGACUUUUGACAGUUUUAACUGAAGGGUUAUUUCUUUCUUUAUGCUCAACUUGGUCAUACAUUCAUUUCAUUCAAUCUUGUCAAUACACAUUCUGUCAUUAUUAAAGCAGUACUUCUCCUUGUACUCA